GUUGCGGUUAGUUCCAACCAUACCGAGUUCGUUUAUAACGGACGGUUCGACGAAUGCUCGAAUCUAUUAUAGAGGUUAAUUCACAGAAAGAAGACCGUGGAGGGUGGGCAGAUUUUCAACUGCUAUGAGGAUUCUCAAAUUCUUCAUGGGUAACUCCCACUCUGGGCCAGACAUGUCUGUGAUAGUGGGAGAGGGGCGGUUCAUAGCCCAGAGGGUCACCAGAAGCAUCACCUACUACUACACCAGCCGGACACCAGGGGGCGGUACCCCUGCCCCCUCUCCUCCCACCAUCUCCCCCACCUCCUCCCAUCGAGACGCUCCUUUUCCCUCACCUUCGUACUCCCUCUCCACCCCCUUGCUCCCAGACUUGCCCUCUCACCACGACGUUUCCUCAGUUGUCACCCCUUCCGCUUUGGAUGUACCAACCCUCUCUCCAUCCUCGCCCACCUCCUCCCCCCGUCCCCUCCUCCUGCUUUUCCCGUGGCUGGGCGCCCGACCGGGGGCCAUGGCGAAGUACCGGGACCUCUACCUGGAACGCGGCCUGGACAUCCUAUCAGUGGAGAGCACUGUGUGGCACUUCCUGUGGCCUCGCUGGGGGCUGGAGUAUGGGGCUGAGGUCCUGGAGGUCCUGGGAGACCCGCGUUUCAAAGGUCGCCCCCUUCUGGUCCACGCCUUCUCCAUCGGCGGGUACACCUUCACCCAGCUGCUCAGCCAGAUGGUCAGGGAGCCACACAAGUACCCAGGCCUGGCCCAACGGGUCGUAGGACAUGUCUAUGACAGCAUGGUGGUCGGAUCGCUGGAGCAUAUGGCUAAAGGCCUGGGUCUGACCCUGUUCCCUCAUAUUGAGCCCCUGGUGCGAUACACUGCUCUGCUCUACUUCUGGCUCUUCAAGUCCCAGACGGUGUACUACUACGACAAGUCAAUCCAGGUCUUCUACAACAGCCCCGUCACCGCCCCGGCGCUCUUCUUCUUCUGCGAGAACGACGCGUUGUGUGACCCCAUCGUCAUGGAGGCGGUCCUCGACUUCUGGAAGAAGCGGGGCGUUGCUGUGGAAACCAGGAAGUGGAAGGAGUCUGUGCACGCUGCUCAUCUGCGCUGUCACCCGAAGGAGUACCUCUCAACACUGGAGACAUUUUUUCACUCGCUCAACAUCGCCCCUCUCAGGGCUAAGAUGUAAAUGGUUCAUGUGAUAAUCACAUUGAGGGGUUUGAUAAUUCAGUAAAUCCGGCAAACUCCAAAACAAAUGUUAGAACAGAUGUUAUAACAAUAUUAUAACAUAGUAUAACAGUGUAGUCAUGUAGCAUGUAAACGUUUAUCCAUAGAAACUUGUUUGACACAUACUCAGCAUGUGGGUCACGAGGGAAUCAAACCCUCAACACACUAGUUUUACUUCCCUGUUGCUAUAAUAACAACAUAUCCAAUCCUAACUCCUAGCAUGUGUUUUGACUGUGCUACGCAUUAUUAUCUAUUUGUACAGAUAUGGGAUCUUAAUUUGACCUGCAUUGUCGUAGCAAAAUAAUGAAUGUUUAGUCCAUAAUGUUUCUUGGUCAGUGGUCAGGCUAUUAAAAGUUGGCAACAUGAAAAGUGCAUUACUGUUAAUAUAAUUGUGUUAGUGUGGGUUUUCUGUGAAUGUAUGUAAAUCACGAAGCUCAUCUUCAUUUCCUGAAAAAUUCUCAGCAACAAGAGUGAUCAAAUUAAGUUACUAUAUCUGUAUGUGAGCUUACACAAUAUUGUCCAUGACACAGUCCAUCGGACCAGUUAACAGCAAGGUCACUGUGUUUAUGGUGAAACACAUGACAGACGCAACUUCACUAUAUGUUGAUUCGCAAUAGAUUUAUUUAGUAUUCAUUGUAAAUAUUGAUUGUAAUUGUUUUUACAUGAGUAAAUAUUCAUUCUCAAUAGCGGGUGACAGGGAGGGAGUACAGAGAGAGGGAGAGGAAACAUUUUGAAGAUGAGGAAGAACUGAAGAGGAAGAAUACAGAAAGGAGUGUGAGGGUAUGACGAAAGGAAAGAAAUAGAAAAGAAACACAGGAGAUAAGGAAGAGAUAAUAUGAGAGAGUCGGGGGAAAAAAAGAGAGAGUUCAUGCCUGUCAAUUCAAUGAGCAGUGAGUACCAAACAAUCUGUGGGGGUUUUCAUAUCAGGCAUUUCUGGCACCUGUUGCAUAUUUCAUCUACUUUGUAUUCAACUUUUUAAAGUCUGUUUUGGUCUCACAAAA